AUGGGAUCGAUCGAUUUGGAUGGUCCAGCGUUAUUUUUGGAUAGCGAUGUGAAAAAGCUGUUCGGUGGGAAAAAAAUCCUAUUCGUAGGCGACUCUAACAUGCGAGCGUGGUACAAAGACCUGUUGGUAAUCGUAACUCGGAACCAAGUUGCCCAUCCAACGCAUUUCAAAUGUAAGAUGGAAGAAAGCUUCUAUAAUGAUUCUCUGGUCAUCGCCGAUGAUGUCAAGGGCCGUGAUUACAAAGAAGUCAGAAAUUACACCCAGGAUGGGUUGGACAUCACUUUUGCGUUCAUUACGAAGUGUUGGCCGAAUUACUAUCUUUCCUCGAAAAUGAAAGAGUGGCGAUCAGGGGAAAACCGACCCGACUUCGUAGUGAUGUGUUCGGUUGCGUGGGACAUUUCAAGGUACGGCGUGAAUGGCGUAGAGAUGUUCAAGCGGUCAUUGAAUCAAUUGAUCUACGAAGUGAAAAGUUGUCUUGCGCCUGGUUCAUUCUUGUGGCUAACAAAUCCUCCAAUGGGAAGGAAAGUAACCGCCGCUUUCCUUGUCGAAGAUCUGAAUUUUUUAGCGGAAAUGAUGCGGUACCACGUGAUGGAAGCAAAUGCAUACAGUCUCGAUCUUAUGAUCAAGGAAGAAAUCGACGUUUUCGAUCUUCACUACUACAUGUGUUAUGUGACCGAUCUACGCGAUCAAGAUGCAACACAUUGGAGGCCUGCCGGAGUUCGCCUAAUCGUUUGUCUACUUCUAACUCAUGUUUGUGCUCUAUGGGGAAUCAAACCUCCGCCUUUUAGGAAGAAAGAGGUGGAAACCAUGCGACAAGCCAAUUAUGAUACUUUGAUGGAGAGCUUCCUCUACAUGAAGCAGUACAAUGGGAAAUUACCGCAAUGGUUCGAGCGAACCGCUGAAUUCUCGAAAAGGGUGUCUUCAAUUUUUGCAGUGCUUGAAGCACAACCCGAGCUUCGUGAUCACCUGCAGCUUUUCCAGAAGCCGGAAGAGGAAGCCUGA